AUGGACACCUCUGCUGCUCCGCGCACCAACGGCAAGGCGCCGUUCUCCGAAAGCGGCGCCAGCUCUACCAGGCGCGCUCGCGACAACAGCGACGAGCCCAUUGUCAAGGUCCAGCCUCCGCGUCGCGAGGACCUUCAACCCAGCUAUGCCCAGGUCCUCAAGCCCGACACCGAAGACUCUGCCGCCCACGGCUGGUAUGGUGCUAUGAUCAACGCCCUGGGCUCUUGCAUCGGUACUCUUGGAGCCAUUCCCUGCUGUCUCUGCUGCCCCAAUCCCUACAAGCCUGUCAGCCAGGGCAAUGUCGGCCUGGUUACCAAGUUCGGCCGCUUCGCUCGCGCAGUCGACCCUGGUCUCGUCAAGGUGAACCCGCUCAGUGAGAACCUGAUUCAGGUUGAUGUCAAGAUCCAGAUAGUCGAGGUCCCCAAGCAGGUCUGCAUGACCAAGGACAAUGUGUCGCUCUAUCUCACCUCAGUCAUCUACUACCGCAUUACGUCGCCGCACAAGGCUGCCUUCGGUAUCGCCAACAUCCGCCAGGCCCUUGUCGAGCGCACUCAGACUACCCUUCGCCACGUCAUUGGCGCUCGCGUGCUCCAGGAUGUCAUCGAGCGCCGUGAGGAGAUUGCUGCCUCGAUCCGCGAGAUCAUCGAGGACACGUCGACCUCGUGGGGCGUCGAAGUCGAAAGCAUGCUCAUCAAGGACAUCAUCUUCAGCCAAGAGCUCCAGGACUCUCUGUCCAUGGCCGCCCAGAGCAAGCGUACCGGAGAGGCCAAGGUCAUUGCUGCACGCGCCGAAGUCGAAUCCGCCAAGCUCAUGCGCCAGGCCGCCGAUAUCCUGUCCAGCGCACCUGCCAUGCAGAUCCGCUACCUCGAGGCCAUGCAGGCAAUGGCCAAGACGGCGAACAGCAAGGUCAUCUUCUUGCCUGCUACGAACCAGACGGUCCAGUCGCAGCUUGCCCAGGCCGACGCCGUUGGCGAAGGCCCCAGCAGGUACCGCGACGAAGGCGGUGCCGACUUCGGCUACGGCACUCACGACACUAGCUUUAACAAAGCCCUCCAGGCCGGCCAGGUCGAAAGCAUCUAA